CGCUUUGGUAAAAUGCUCGCUUCUCUUAUUUACGGGUUCAUUUCCGGGUCAUUCGAAUCAGUCGAGUUCUUCAGUCUUCAGUGUAGCCCUUUCAUGAAAAAAAUUGGUACUUAAAAGGAAAUUAGAUACUAAAUGAUGCGAAAUGCAAAAUUCAUUCAUGGGUAGCAGCAACGAGGUGUAGAUCGUGAGUAAUUUUGAACUUAAAGGAGUAUGGAGAAUUCAAUUAGGUCUAGUAGGGUUUGGUCACAGAAACUUGGAAAAUGUUCCGACGGUGAUGUUGUUGGCGCUGCGAUUCCGGUGGGCAGACUAGGUAAUCUUCCUGAUUCCAUCAUUUUCUACAUUCUCUCCUUUUUACCCACCAAAUAUGCUGUUGGCACUAGUGUUCUAUCCAAAAGGUGAGAAUCUCUGUGGACUGAAGUUAACUCCUUAGAUUUUAAUGAUUAUCUUCGGUUUGGAGGCGGGAUGGGAUACCAAGGCCGGGAUUUUGUGGUGGAGUUCUUCAACAAGGUAUUGAUUCGCAACAAAUGUGAAGCUGUGCAGAAGUUUAGUCUGUGCUGGCAUCACGAGUACCAACCAGUUCAGGUUAAGAAAUGGGCAAAGGAAGCAAUAUCUCGCAAUAUCAAGGGAGAUGAAUGAUGAUUUUAGGAGAUGAAAAUUGAUGCCCCUGCUAUUGAAUACCUCUUUCUGGAAGGUGAAGCAUCGCAAAAAUUGUCAUUGGAAGGGCUAACCUCUUUGCGUGAAGCGGAGCUUAAUCUUGUUCAUGAUUGGGGAGAAGAAGUCCGUAGCACAAAUCUGAUGGUCGAGCUAGUUGAAUCUUUGCAUUGUGCUGUGGAGUUUCUGACUUUAAGUUAUUUAACAUCUGCAGCUCUUAAGUGUGCAACCACUAGGUUGUCUGCAAGGUUCGAGAGGUUAACCAAAUUGAGCAUAGAACUUCCCUAUAAUGGGUGGAACUUCCUGAAAGAUUUGCUAGGUUGCGCAAUGGAAUUGAAAGUCCUUGACUUGAGAAGCCUUUCAAGGUGCGAGGAAGAGCACAUAACAUGCUGGAAGGAACCUAUGUGUGUACCCGAAUGUCCGUUAUACAGUUUGGCAUUUUCUAUAUCUAUUUUGACCUUUGGAAUUUCCCAUACUGUUAUUGACUUAUUUUCUCCUAGUCCUAGUAGUCUUGGGUUUUCAAGCGCGAAUCCAGUUGACGGGAUCAGUGAACUUCCUGAUUCAAUUCUUUGCUACAUUCUCUCCUUUAUACCAACAAAAUUUGUGGUUGGUACCAGCGUUCUCUCAAAAAGGUGGAAAUCAAUGUGGACAGGAGUUAACACGUUGGAUUUUGACGAUGAUCUGUUGCAUAAUGGCUCCUGCUACAAAGAAGGCGAAGAAAGGCCGGCAUUUGUGGAGUUUGUAAACAAUGUUCUGAUCCAACACAAAUCCGAAACAGUGCAGACAUUCCAUCCGAGUUGGAAGAAUCAGUGCAACCCUGUUCAGGUGGAAAGAUGGAUGAAGGACGCCAUUGCUUGCAAUGUGAAAAUCCUUGAUUUGCACGUUCAGGAACCCGAAGAUUACGAAGAUUAUGAUGGCAGUGAAGAAAUUCCUAUCAAAAUAGAUGCCCCUGCUCUUAAACACCUCUUUCUCCAGGAUCAUGGGUCGCAAAAAUUGUCAUUACAAGGGCUAUCCUCUUUGUCCGAGGCGGAGCUUGAUCUUGGUGAUAGGGAAAAUUGUUGGGGAUAUGACACAGAUUACACAAAUGCGUUUGUUAAUGUAGUUCAAUCUGUGCAUUGUACGGAGUUUCUGAAAUUAUCUCUUUCCACAUCCGCUGCUCUUAACUUUUCCAGGACUAGAUUUAAAUCUGCAACAUUUGAUAGGUUGUCCAAGUUAUACAUAGAUUGUUUAUGCUGUGGGUGGAGAUUUCUGAAAGAUUUGCUUCAUUGCGCGAAGAAAUUACAAGUCCUUGAGAUCACAAAGUGUUCAAGUCAUGACAAAAAGCAUAAACCUUGUUGGAGGAAGCCUAGGGAGAUUCCCAAAUGCUUGUUAUACCGUCUGGAUCAUGUUUCAUUGAGGGGAUUCCAAAGCCUUAAAGAUGAGGUAAAACUAAUAAAGUAUAUUCUGAGGCACGGUUCAGUGAUGAGAAAGAUUAAUGUAUAUUCCUCUGCUGCUGCUAAUGAUUUUAAGACAAGGUACCUCAUACUUCAGGGGCUAUUGAUGUUCCAACUUCCAAGAGCUUCUAGUUCCUGUCGAAUCAAACAUUCUUGA